CUCAUUCUCAACGUCGCUUGCUGCACCUUCGCCCGUCACCUGCCAUGAUGUCACAGAACCACGAGUCCCCUGAGCACUAUGUGUCUGGUCCUCGCGACAAUAACAGUGACAAAGGCAUCCUACAUACACAGACUGCCGUCGAGGGAGAUGUCGAAGCUCGCGAGGAGCCACCAACCAGCGAUGGGGUUUUCAACUCCAGACACGCGCUGUGGGGGUUUCUCGUGCUCUGCUUCUCGGUAACAUCACCCUGUCCGACCUGUCAGUCCUGCACUGGUGUGCUAAUCAUAGUGGUGUUGGACAGACUGGUCCAGUAUCGGGAAUGUCGUCGACCUAUGCAUCGGCGGCUAUUCUCUCCGCGGCCAACGUCCUCGGACACCAAGCAGGGACCAACAAGCCGUGUCCCCGACGUGGCACGAGCAUCAACUGUGUGGUCAAGUUUGGCGCGGGCGAGAUCGACUAUGCCAGUUACACACUGUACCUCCGUGCAAUCAGCCGGGCGACAGAGGGCGUGUUGGCGAUCAUCACCGCCGGGAUUGCUGAUUACUCUGACUACCGCAAAACCAUGAUGAUGACCUCAAUCUUCCUCUUCGGCGUCCUGGCGCUCCCCUUUGCGGGGCUCACCGGCCAAUCCUACAGCCAUCUGACCGCGCUGUCCGUGUUGUACUGCGCGCUCACCACCGUCCAAGGCAUCUACACUGUCAUCGAAGGCUCCUACAUCCCAAUCUUCAUGCGCUCAACGGGCUGGUUCGGGACCUCGGUGGUAGGCCGUAGUGACAACAGCGCCGAAGGCAGGAUCUGGCAGAAGGGCGUGUCGGUCAGUGUGCUGGCGCUGGUGUCGAGCAACGUCGGGGCUCUGGCGGCGCUGAUCAUUGGCAUCAUUCUUGUGUAUGGUCGCGGCUCCUAUGUUGCCGUCGGAUACUUCAACUACCUCCUCGCGAUCACCAUCGCGGGCUGUAUGACCAUCGUCUUCGCUUGCCUCGGCCACUGGCUCCUGCCCAAUGUGCAGGGCAAGAAACUGGAGCGGCCACGCGACGCGCUCACGCUCCCGAUGCGCAAUUGGGUGCGGCUUAUCCGCCACGCACCCCGCUACUCGGAAGCCUUCAAACUCUGCAUCGGCUGGGUCCUGUGGAACACGGGGUACAGCAACCACCUGACGCUCAUCGGGACGCUCUUUCUAGAAGUAACGGGGAUCUCGCGCAGCUCCGGGGUGUACUCAGUGUGGUCAUUCAUGAGCGUGAUCCUCGCGUGCGUGGGGAGCCUAAGCUUCAUGUUCCUAUACCCGCGGCUGAGACUUCCCGUCAAAACCUGGGCGUACACGCUGCUGGUGAUUAACAUCCUGUGCGUGCUGUGGGGGUGCAUCGGCAUGAGUCCGCACGUCACUAUCGGCUACAAGCACAGCGCCGAGUUCUGGGUCGAGCAGGUGCUAUUCAUGUCGACCAGCAGCGCCCUGCGCGCCUACAACCGCGCUAUCUACUCCUCGCUGAUCCCGCGCAACGCCGAGGCCCAGUUUUUUGGACUGGAGAUCACCCUGGAUUUGGCCACCGGGUGGGUCAACCCGCUCGUGAUGGGAGUGAUCCAGGACCGCACGCAUAAUUUGCGUUUUCCGAUGAUUCCCAACCUGUUGCUUAUGCUGGUCGCGCUGGGGUUCUACUUCUCUGUGAAUAUGCGCAAGGGGAUUGAGCAGGCGAAGAUUCCGCUGGAGCUUUAGGGAGGGUGUGAGAAGAGGGACGGAGCUUGAUGCUCCGAUUAUAGGGCUUAAUAUGUGCAGAGAUUGGGCA